GAGAAACCUCUUCGCAACAAAGGACACACCAUUUACACCUUUUCCUCUUCGUGACGUAUGCUUUUGCUCUUGAACACGACUCACUUGUUCAAUCCUCGCUUUACUACUUUUCUUUAUUGUCACUUCUGGACGGCCAACUGCUUUCAACUUUUCAUCACAUUUCGAGACCACUUCACCAGGAUUGUGAUAUCGACUCCAUAUCUUGGAAAAAUCCGGUCUCUACCCAAGACUUGUUGACCAGAAACCAUUCAAGACUUAGACUCAAUCACCUCGCAUCAUUCAUAACGUUAACAAUCACAAAGCCUUGAAACCAAAUCAUCCAGGAUCAUUUCAGGCCUGUCAUGUCAGAAACACCCCGAGUUGUUCCUCUUACCUGUCAUGGGCACUCUCGUCCUGUCACCCAUUUGAGCUUCUCGUCUAUCGUCGACGAUGACCAGUACUAUCUCAUCUCCGCCUGUAAAGAUAACAAUCCCAUGCUGAGAGAUGGUAUCACCGGCGACUGGAUCGGCACUUUCAUCGGCCAUAAAGGCGCUGUCUGGUCGUCGAGGCUGUCAUCAGAUGCCAGACUCGCAGCUACAGGCUCCGCUGAUUUUACCGCGAGAAUCUGGGAUCCACAGACCGGUGAAUGCCUUAACAUCCUCGAGCACAACCAUAUUGUCCGCUCUGUCGCGUUUCCUAUACAAAACAAACCACAAUGUGUCGCAACUGGUGGGCAGGAUAAGAGGCUCAAAAUCUUCGAUCUAACGAGAGGGGGCAGUGCCGCGUCGCCUACACAAGCCGAUUCUUCUUCUCUAGUGACCCCGCGCAAGACUUCUGAAGGCCUCGAAAUUGGAAUAGGUGAACAUGGGGGAACGAUCAAGUCUAUCAUCUGGAACGUUGACUACAACAUCUUGACAAGUGCGUGCGAGGACAAGACCAUUCGCUGGUGGGAUCUCCGAACUCAGCGCAUGAUCACAAGCUACAAGACCGAGCGUGACAUUGGCUCAUGUGAACUAUCCACACACCAAUCUGGUGACCCUAACCCAGGCAUCAUCAGUGUUUCAAUCGGUCAUUCUGCCUUGUUCUUCGAUGCUGGACGUCCAGGCGAACUAAUCAAACAAGUCAACUUUGACCAUGAUAUCUCAAGUGUGGCAAUCAAUGCUACAAAUGGUCGCUUCGUCACAGGCGGGGCCAAUCAGACAUGGGUCCAUGUUUGGGAUUUUGAACAAGAGAAGGAACUAGAAGUUCUCAAGGGCCACCAUGGACCAAUUUGGUCAUCAUCUUUCUCUCCCGAUGGCAAGCUAUUUGCGACUGGGAGUGAAGAUGGUACGAUCAAAUUGUGGAAGGCCUGCAAAGAGCCAUAUGGACUUUGGCGAUGAACUUUUCAGAUGGCUACUGCCGUACAUUUCUGACGGAGGACAGAAACGGUCACCUAAGUGAGAACACUCCCUCUCGUGGGCCAUUCCAAAAGCUCCAUGCGUUCUCAUCUCUAACGAAAUCCACUAUCAUUCAGUCCCAAUUCACACCUACACGCUCCCACCAAACACUACACGACAGACUAGGACGAUACCCCGAUCGAUGUCCCUGGAGCUGAAGCUCUUAACCCCUUCACAUAGAGUUCAUAAGAAGCGGCAUCCGAAACAGCUACUCAUUAACUCAAUAAUUCGUCUUUCGCAAUUCAGAGAUAUUGAAGCACCGGUGGGGGGAGGGCUCGAUGGAAAAUCGGUUUGUUCGGGUCAAGAAAUCAACAAGAAUCAACUCGACGCUGCGACUCAAAACAACCGAAAAAGGGAACAAGAGGACUUGGUUGGAAUCGAAAAUUAUGGCGAUGGGCAAGAAAAGAAUUUUUUGCCUAAAUCGCUGACUUCAAAAUGUCUCAUUAUCAGUCAUGUCAAAACUGUCACAAAGUGGAAAGUCAGACAUGGCCAGGUAACACGAAACAAAAAGCUGCUGUGGUGUGCGCUCAUGGCUUAUGGAUCGACGGAACUGGGAAGCAUCGGAGCUUGGUAUCAUUGGUAAAAACAUCUUGUGCCUGGACCUGAACCCUGCAGCAAAGCUUGGGGCAGGGAUUUGGGAAGAGCUUGGGGACUGCCGAACGGGAGCUUGGGAUUCAACCCGAAGCAAAAGUUCCGUGUGUGGACUGAGCCCACACAUACCAAAACUCGUAUCCUCAUGCUCAAGAGUCAAGGGGGAAUAACGAAGCCAAUUGAUCCAAAAGACAGCGCAUGAGUAGAAGUAGCCAUAACAUGCGAG